AUGAUGCCCUUCCCGCUCGACGCGACGGACGACACGCGAACGACGAUUCCGUGGACGGAAAGUCGCGCGAAGAUUCACUUCGCCUCGACGAGGACGACGUUCGUCGUUCGAACCUCGUUUCGUCCUCGACGACGCGAGGAAUUCGACCGGAGAGGGGGCAUCGAGAGUUCGCCUCCGCAUCGCUUCGCGCGGUCGCGCAUCGCACGGAAGGCUCCCGGAUUCGAUCGUCGUCGACGGGUUCUCGCGUCGAGGUUCGGACGAACUCUCCGCGCCUCCUUCGGCGAAAUCGUCUUCGGGAGAACGUUUCGACGAUCGGAAGACGGCAGUCCCGAGGGCGUUUCCGGCCUCUUCCCCCGCCGAGAGUUCUCCGGGGUUUCGGUCGAACGGUCGAAAGUUUGCUCGAAGAAAAGCGAAGAGAACGAAGCGGAAGAAGCAGCGGUUCCGUCCCUCACCGGACGAAAAACUCACGGACGGUCGGCGGCAUCACCCGACGGGGAGGAGCAUCGCCCCGACGGGAGGAGCAUCGACGAGGUGAAACGCGAGAUCGUACUCUCGCGACCCGGAUGCUUCCUCUUGCAGAAAAAAAGAAUUCGGGUCGCGAAAACGCCCGAAGAGGAAGAGGGGGGGGAGGGGUCGAGGAGAAGAUCAGACCUCCUCGUCCUCCUCGAAUUCGACCUCAUCCGCAUCCUCGACGGCCGUCGGGACGAGGACGAUGGUUUCCUUGCGUUCGUUCCGCGGCCGCGCGACGAGAUCGCCGACGGAACUCCUGCAUCUUCCCGAAUUCCUCUCCGUCGGAUCUCGUACGUCCUUUCGGAGAGGAUUCUCGAAAAGCUUCGCAAAGAUCCUGCAUCGGACGAGGUUUCUCGCGGACGACGAGAAAGCGUCGGAGAUAGCGCGGUGCGAAUCGAUCGUUCCGUCUCUAGGGAGCACGGAUUCGACGGCCUCGACGUGGAUUGGGAAUAUCCGGCGAGACGAGGCGGAAAACCCGAAGAUAAGGACAAUUUCACCCAACUCCUUCGAGACCUGCGCGCGGCGUUCGACGCGAACGGACGGCUCCUGCUGACGGCCGCCGUGGGGGCCGGCGUGAAUCACAUCGAUACCUCGUAUCGAGUGGAUCUCAUCGCGGACGUCUUGGAUUACCUGAACGUGAUGGCUUACGAUUACCACGGGGCGUGGGACGGCGCGACGGGGCCGAACGCUCCCCUCUUCCCCGGCCGAGACUCCAACUCCGUCUCGCCGCCCGAAUCCGUCGCGGGGACGGUGGAGGCCUACCUGGCCCGGGGUGCCAUCCCGAAGAAGACCGUCUUGGGUCUCCCGUUCUACGGUCGGACCUUCCUCUUCCAGAAGCCUCCCUCCGAUCUUCUCCUCGGGGUCCCCACCCUCUCCGAAGGAUUCCCGGGUCCCUUCACCAACGAGAGCGGCUUCCUCAACUACCUCGAGAUCUGUCGCCUGACGAAGGAGAGCCGGAUGAAACGCGGAUGGGAAGAGGACCGCGCGGUCCCCCAUCUCUGGAACGAGACUCAUUUCGUCUCGUACGACGACGAGGAGAGCCUGGAGAAGAAAGUGGCGUACGGGACGAAGAAA